CCCAUAGAUUGGAAUUCUUUGCACAUCGUGGGCAUUAAUCUUUAACAACGACACUUCCUCGCCUUACUACGUUGACGACUAGAUUGAUUGCGAGCAAUCGAGGCCAGACUUCAGGAUUUGCUUCUGAUGAACUCUCGCAUUGGGGUGUAGAGCAAACAUGUCGUUUCUCGGAUCCAUCUCACCAAACCUACCGCGGUCUCAGUCGGUUGUCAGUCACAAUCUACCACAAGCGCAUGGCCUCGACGAGAACGACGACAUAUAUCACAAUCAUUCCACCACCGCGCAACCAGGCGCUUCCGAGAAGGACAAAAGCGAAGAUGGAGAAACGCUACACGAAAACGAGCCUGACGGGGAAGCUCGCGUGACAUUACUGGCUCGACAAUUGACUCGUCACUCUACUAGGCUGACGGCAAAGAGCACUCUCGAGAACCCAUUCUUUCUUGAUGAUUCUGACUCUACUCUAAACCCCAACAGUCCAAACUUCCGAGUUCGUGACUGGAUGAAAAUGUUAUUAGAGAUCCGGUCUCGCGACCCAGAGAGAUAUCCGGAUCGCACAGCUGGCAUUGCUUUCAAGAAUCUUAGCGUGCAUGGCUUCGGCUCCCCAACUGAUUACCAGAAAGACGUCAUGAAUGUGCUGCUUGAAAUCGGGACAAUAGCUCGCAGACUCGCUGGGAUGAAGAUGCCAAAGAUACAGAUUCUCCGGGAUUUCGAAGGAUUGGUUAGAAGUGGUGAAAUGCUUGUUGUCCUGGGAAGGCCUGGAAGCGGAUGUUCCACCUUUCUCAAGACUAUUGCUGGUGAGAUGAAUGGCAUCCAAGUGUCAGAUGACGCAGUAUUGAAUUACCAAGGCAUUUCUUCCAAGAAUAUGCAGAACUCGUUCCGAGGCGAAGCUAUCUAUACAGCGGAGAAUGACAUUCAUUUUCCCCAGCUCUCAGUAGGGGAUACUCUUAUGUUUUCUGCCCUCGCAAGAGCACCGCGCAACCGCUUGGAGGGCGUGAGUCGAAAGCAAUAUGCAGAGCAUAUGAGGGACGUGGUGAUGGCUAUGCUUGGUCUCUCACAUACCAUUAAUACACGUGUUGGAAAUGACUUCAUUCGUGGCGUUAGUGGUGGUGAAAGAAAGCGGGUUAGUAUCGCAGAGGCUACCCUAAGUCAGGCGCCGCUUCAGUGCUGGGAUAACAGCACGAGAGGACUUGAUAGUGCCAAUGCUUUGGAGUUCUGCAAAAAUCUGGCUCUUAUGAGCAAGUAUACCGGCUCUACUGCUUGCGUGGCAAUCUACCAAGCGUCCCAGAGCGCUUACGAUGUCUUCGACAAGGUCACUGUUCUGUAUGAAGGGAGACAGAUCUAUUUCGGUAACACCAAAGACGCAAAAAAGUUCUUUGUUGAUAUGGGUUUCGAGUGCCCUGAGCGUCAAACGACGGCAGACUUUCUGACAUCGCUCACUAGUCCAGCGGAACGCCUGGUACGCCCUGGAUAUGAAGGCCGUGUCCCUUGCACGCCCGACGAAUUCGCAGCUGCGUGGAAGAGAAGCGAGGAACGUGCUAAGCUUAUGGCGGAAAUUGAAGAAUAUGAACGACAGUAUCCCAUUGGGGGUCCAUCUUACGAUGCCUUCGUGGAUGCACGCAAGGCCAUGCAAUCGAAGCGCCAGCGCGUGAACUCUCCGUAUACCAUCUCAAUAUGGCAGCAAGUCUCCUUAUGUGUUGUUCGUGGAUUUCAGCGUCUCCGUGGUGAUUUCAGUCUCACGACAACUUCUUUAAUUGGCAACUUUAUGAUGGCAUUAAUUAUUGGAUCUGUUUUCUUCGAUCUCCCUGACGAUACGUCCAGUUUUUACUACCGGGGUGCUCUUCUCUUCUUUGCAGUGCUGUUGAAUGCCUUCUCGAGUGCCUUAGAGAUUUUGACACUCUAUUCGCAACGGCCAAUAGUGGAAAAACAAUCAAGAUACGCAUUCUAUCAUCCUUUUGCUGAAGCAGUCGCAUCAAUGAUAUGCGAUACUCCAUACAAACUGAUCAAUUCAUUCACGUUCAACGUCCCCUUAUACUUGAUGACAAACCUGCGUCGCGAUGCUGCGGCCUUUUUCACAUUCUGGAUAUUUUCGGUGGUCACCACAUUUACAAUGUCCAUGAUUUUCCGCACUAUUGCUUCUACCUCCCGUUCGCUAUCCCAAGCCCUCGUGCCCGCAGCUAUGCUAAUUUUAGGAAUGGUAAUCUAUACUGGUUUUACUAUCCCUACUCAAAAUAUGCUUGGCUGGUCUCGUUGGAUGAACUAUAUCAACCCUAUCGCCUACUCGUUCGAAAGCUUUAUGGUCAACGAAUUCGACGGUCGGCAAUUCGAAUGUGUGUCCAUUAUUCCCAGUGGGGAUGAGUACAACAAUGUGUCUAUGCAGUACCGCAUCUGCUCAACAGUUGGAGCAGAGUCGGGGUCAAGAAUUGUGGACGGCGGACAAUACCUGGAACUAAGCUAUCAAUAUACCAAAAGUCACCUAUGGAGGAAUAUGGGGAUUUUGAUUGGCUUUAUGGUAUUCUUUGCUUUCACCUACCUUCUUGGCACUGAAUAUAUCUCUGAGCAAAAGGCCAAAGGUGAGGUCUUACUCUUCCGCCGCGGUCGUCAGCCAGACCUGUCAACAACUGAGGCCGAUCCCGAGAACCCUAUACAACCUAGUAAUGCCCCAAAGACCGAAGAAUCGGCGCCACAGAAUACCGCUAGGAUUCAAAGGCAAACAGCAAUUUUUCAUUGGGAAGAUGUCUGCUAUGACAUCAAGAUCAAAGGCCAGCCAAGGAGGAUCCUCGAUAAUGUUGACGGUUGGGUCAAACCCGGCACCUGCACCGCGCUAAUGGGUGUUUCCGGAGCAGGAAAGACAACGUUGCUAGACGUUCUGGCCACAAGGGUCACUAUGGGUGUUGUCUCUGGAUCAAUGCUUGUUGAUGGGCGCUUGCGCGAUCAAUCAUUUCAACGGAAGACCGGGUAUGUGCAACAACAGGAUCUACACUUGGCUACUUCUACUGUCCGGGAAGCUCUCCGCUUCAGCGCAAUACUACGACAACCCGCACACCUGAGUCGACAGGAAAAGCUUGAUUAUGUUGAAGAAGUUAUUAAGCUCCUAGGAAUGGAAGCCUAUGCGGACGCAAUUGUGGGCGUUCCUGGGCAAGGCUUGAACGUUGAGCAGCGAAAACGUUUGACAAUUGGGGUAGAGCUUGCAGCAAAACCUCAGCUUCUGUUGUUUCUGGAUGAGCCGACUUCUGGUCUUGAUAGCCAGACGUCAUGGUCUAUCUUAGACUUAAUUGAUACCUUGACUCAGCACGGACAAGCGAUACUUUGCACCAUUCAUCAACCUUCAGCUAUGUUGUUUCAAAGAUUUGACCGGCUUCUCUUAUUAGCAUCUGGUGGGAAAACAAUCUAUUUUGGGGAAAUUGGACCUAACUCCUCGACACUCUCGAACUAUUUUGUACGCAAUGGUUCUCACGGAUUACCCCCUGGGGACAACCCAGCAGAAUGGAUGUUGGAAGUUAUCGGAGCAGCACCAGGCUCUAACACUGAAAUUGACUGGGUGAAGACCUGGCGAGAAUCCCCAGAAUACGCCAAAGUCAGGGAGCACCUGGCAGAACUGAGAGCCACAUUGUCAGCCAAACCUGCGGACUCGUCUGAUCCAAGCGCCCUGAGCGAGUUUGCUGCCCCAUUUUCUGUCCAACUUUGGGAGUGCCUUGUGCGUGUGUUCGCUCAAUACUACCGCACUCCAACCUACAUCUGGUCUAAAGCGGCGCUCUGUGCCCUCACAGCGCUGUAUAUUGGGUUUUCGUUCUUCAACGCCCCGACCUCUAUCCAAGGCCUUCAAAAUCAGAUGUUCAGUGUGUUUAUGUUGAUGACGAUAUUCGGUAACUUGGUGCAGCAAAUCAUGCCCAACUUCGUCACUCAACGCUCUUUAUACGAAGCACGUGAACGUCCAUCAAAAGCAUAUUCCUGGAAGGCAUUUAUGGCAGCUAAUAUUAUAGUUGAGCUUCCCUGGAACUCGCUCAUGGCAGCCCUUAUCUUCUUCUGCUGGUACUACCCAAUUGGGUUAUACAAUAAUGCAAAGCCAACAGACGCAGUAACAGAGCGCGGCGGUCUAAUGUUCUUGCUUAUCUGGACAUUCUUGCUCUUUACAUCCACAUUCGCGCACAUGAUCAUUGCAGGCAUCGAGCUUGCAGAGACCGGUGGCAAUGUCGCCCAAUUGUUAUUCUCCCUGUGUCUAAUCUUCUGCGGCGUGCUCUCUACUCCCGAUGCCAUGCCUGGGUUUUGGAUUUUCAUGUAUCGUGUCUCACCCUUCACAUACCUAGUUUCGGCAAUGCUUUCAACAGGCCUGUCAGGAACGGAUGUUGAGUGUGAACCUGUCGAGUAUCUCACCUUUGCUCCACCGAACAACCAGACUUGUGGAGACUAUAUGCGGGCCUACAUUGAUGAAGUUCAAAGCGGCUAUCUCCUGGAUCCGAGCGCAACUGACCAGUGCUCGUUUUGCUCCAUGGACAAGACGGACACAUUUCUCUUGUCAGUUGGCAGUACGUUUGAUGAGGCUUGGAGGAACUUUGGUCUCAUGUGGGCUUAUAUUUUGUUCAAUAUCGUCGGCGCUGUGUUUAUCUAUUGGCUCGCUCGUGUGCCCAAGGGCAAGAAGAUGGCUGGGACGGCAUGAGGAAAAGCUUUCGACCAUCUUUCCGGGCCCUCAAAACACCAUUCCAUCCUUACAACAUUCCCUGCUCCUCUUUUUUUUUUUGAGCUUCUUACUGCGGUUUGCGCUAAUCCGCGUCUUCUCGUUCUAAUCCUACCUUAUACACGCCGUCUGUGCUCACCAAUCCUGUGUAUUAGUUUGCGUCUUACUGAUGAUAUCGCAUAGACUAUCUCUAUUUGUA